UAUCAAAUGUUUGGUCCGACGAGCAGUCGCUUGGCCAGCUCGGGUUCAGGGCAAAUUCAGCUGUGGCAAUUUCUCCUCGAGCUUCUCUCCGACAACGGCAACGCCAACUGCAUCACAUGGGAAGGCACAAAUGGCGAAUUCAAGUUGACUGAUCCAGAUGAAGUCGCCCGACGGUGGGGCGAGCGGAAGAGCAAGCCCAACAUGAACUACGACAAGCUGAGCCGUGCCCUGCGCUACUACUACGACAAGAACAUCAUGACGAAAGUGCACGGAAAGCGAUACGCGUACAAAUUCGAUUUCCAGGGCCUAGCUCAGGCGACGCAGCCCACGCCGGCGGACACCUCGAUGUACAAGGGCGCCUACCAGACGGCGGGCGACCUCUUCAGCAGCAUGCACCCCGGGGCGCAGCUGGGCGGCUACCAUCACGCCCACCACCAUCACCCCCAUCACCCCCACCACCACCACAGCUCCAGUGGAAUGAUGG